GCAUGAAAUUGUUAUCAAUCGAAUAAAGUGAAUCAGAAUCACAUUAAAGUUAGACAGAGAGUCAAAUAUCAGAGGAAGAAUCAUUAUCUAACAAUAUUGAUUAAUAGAUAGUGAAGGAUGAAUAGAAUUUAAACAAGUUGAAAUUCUUUGAUCCAUAAAAUUAAGGAUGGAAUGAGAUAAUCCAAUUAAUUGGACUUAUCAAAGGUUAAAGUUCCAUAAAUAAAAUCACAAAAGUCAAGGUAUUAAUUAAAUCAUAAUGUUAUCAGAAUAUAAAAAAAAUUUAACCGAAAUUAAAUUGUUAAAAAAGAGAAAGAUAAGAAAAGAUGAAUUAAAAAAAAAUGCUUAAACAAAUAGCCAUAGAUGAUAUUGAAGAACUACUAUAAAACUUAUGA